AUGGGCGUUUCGCCCUGCGACUCUGAUUUACUUUCAAGCUGUGAUGCUUAUUUUGAGAAAGUAAAGUCAAGGAAGAAAUUACCACAACCGUUGCAGGAGACUUUAACAACUGCUUUUGCAAGGAUUCCUGUUUCAUCUUUCCCACAAGUUCCUACUGGAAAAGUGAUUGAAAUUCAAGCAGACACAACAAUUGCUGAUGCCGUUAAGAUUCUAUCAGAUUGCAACAUAUUGUCUGCACCUGUGGUAAACCCAAAGGCAGCCAGUAGCUUGAACUGGAGAGAGAGGUACUUAGGAAUCAUAGGUUACUCAGAAAUCAUUCUCUGGGUACUCGAGAGUGCAGAACUUGAUGCCGUUACUUUAUCAACCAGCACAGCUACAGCUGUUGGUUUAGGUGCUGGAGCCGUUGGUGCUCUUGGAGCACUAGCAGUAGGUGCGUCAGGUCCAGCUGCAAUGGGAGCAGCUGUCGCUGGUGGUGUGAAAGCUGAUCAAGCAUCAGGAGGAGAUGCUCCAGCAGCUGCUGACAACUUGGGCAAAGAAUUUUACAAAGCUAUCGUACAAGAAGAACCCUUCAAGUCGACUGCUGUAAAGUCAAUAGUUAAAUCAUACAGGUGGGCUCCUUUUAUUCCAGUCGCAACUGACAGUUAUAUGUUGAGUGUCCUACUGCUACUCUCAAAAUAUAGGCUGAGGAAUGUAGCUGUAAUUGAGGCAGGCAAGCCAGAAAUUCAAAACUACAUUACUCAGUCUGCAGUUAUUGAAGAUCCGGAAGGAUGCAGAGGGAGGGACUGGUUUGAUUGUAUUAUUGCACGGCCUAUUUCUGAUAUGGGACUCCCUUUCAUGUCUCCUGAUGAGGAUAUUAGCGUCCAGAGCGAUGACCUAAUUCUUGAAGCAUUCAAAAGAAUGAGAGACAAUCAAGUUGGUGGUCUUGCAGUUGUAGAGGAGCCAGGCAAAAAGAUUGUUGGGAAUGUAAGCAUAAGAGAUAACAGACAUUUGAUGCUUAAACCUGAACUUUUCACCAAUUUCAGGCAGCUCACCGUGAAGGAUUUCAUUAGUACUGUUGUCUCAACUGGCCAAGAUUUUGGAAGACCCACUUCACCAGUAACAUGCAAAGUGGAUUCAACUCUUGGUGGUGUGAUCCAGAAUCUUGCCACCAAAAAGGUGCACAGGGUCUAUGUAGUAGCAGACGAGAAUGAAGUUAUCGGUGUAAUUACGCUCAGAGAUGUAAUAUCUUGCUUCAUAUAUGAGCCCCCGAACUUUUUUGAUAACUACUUUGGGUUUUCAGUGAGAGAAAUGUUGAAUAAGUGAAGUGUCUCAUAACCACAACCCAAGAAGAAGCAGAGAUACGAUAGAAUUUGUUUCAAUUUACAGUUUCUUGACAUCUUGUAUAAGAUGUCUUCUACAUGUAAUUUCAAAUGAACUAAAUCCAGUGAACUUUU